CGGUGUGGGUCGCGGGGCGCGCUCCCGUCCGGCCACGCGCUCCGCUCGGCGCUCAUCACAUCGCGAUCGCACCCGCGCCCGUCGCUGCCCGCCGCGCCCCAGUGCCUUACGAGGCGCGCUUCGAGACUUACGUGUCGCGUGUAGUUGAUCGUCGUCGCUCCCGAUGUUGUGCUGUGCCCCUGUGACUGUGUCUCGGUGACGGUGACCAGCACCUGCCAAUCUCGCUAUAAACACACCAUGGGGUGCGGCCGCGGACUCUGCACUGCUGACAAAAUCUUCAUCUUCAUCAAUAUUGCCUUUGCGAUGUACAGCGGCGCGCUGCUGGCGACGGCCGCGCGGCUGGCGUGGGACCCCAGCACCUACACCUGGUUCCGCUUCCUGUGCGCGACGCAGUACCGCGUGUCGGCGGCCUACGUGCUCGCGGCCGGCCUGUGGCUCGCCGCGCUCGUGUACAUCGCCGCCGCGGCCGCGCACCGCUCCGCGCGCACCUGUCUGCACAUCUACGCGGCGGGCGUGGCGUGCCUGGCCGUGAGCGAGGUGGCGUACGGCGCGUGGAUGGUCACGUCGCUGGCGGCGUGGUGGCGCAGCGCGCCCGAGGCCGAGCUGGCGCGCCACGGCAUGGACCUGCUGCACGACCUCAAGCCCGCGCUUCUUGCCGUGGAGCGCUACCGCGACGUGGCGCGCCCGCUCUAUGACAUGAUCGAGGAAGUAGAGCGGGAAGCGCCCAACAACGCCUUCGUGAUCGCCGUGUUCGCUGUCAUCGGCAUCAUACUGCAGAUAGCAGCGUUCGUGAUGGCGCGGCGGCUGGCGCGGCGUCCCGACGCGGAGUCCCGCGCGGGCCCGGAGCCCUGCGCCUGCGACUGCGACUGCGACAAGCGCGCCUGCGACGAUGACAGCGACAGCGACGCGCGCGACGCGCCGCCCGGCUGGCGCAAGAAGGCCAACCUCCGCAUGUACACCAUACUCGAUAAGAUUUUCUAGCAGGACGAAACGACGGCGUCGCGGGCGGAGGCGGCCACGCGCCCCCCGCGGCCCCCGCGCGCCGCGCCCGCCGCGCCCCCCGCGCCCCGCCCCGCGCCCGCGCCGGCCGCGCUGGCGUCGCGCGACGCGCGCUGGGCCGCCGUGCACGCGCAGUUCACGUCGUCGCGCCGCACGCUGCGCGCGCCCCCCGCGCCCUCCGCGCCCUCCGCCCUGCUCAUCCUGCGCGCUGAGCUCUAGCUGCGAACGAAGCGAAUUUAUGAACAUUGAGAUAUUGAACAGAGUUAUAUUACUUGAAAAUAUUCGAAUACACCGACGUGAUAUCGGGAGUCGAGGUUCAGUCGUAUUAGAUACUGAAACGUGUUCUGGGGUUACCGCCGACGAUAUGCCAAUACUAAAGUCAUGGUGACGUCUCUAAUAUUACUGAAUCAUGAGUAUCUUAUUAGUGUGAGGUGACGCCAAUCUCUUGUUAUUUUUUUAGAAUAACUAUUUGUAAAAUACUUUAUACCAGAGCGAUUUAUAAAAUAUUUCGUCAAAUUCUGUUGUUCAUUCGAAGUGCACUUUUAUUAGACAUUAUAAAAAUGUUUUUGGGUAACGUUUGCGAGUUUCGGUGCCGCAGAGUAGAAUUGUAAUUAUACGUUAAUACUUAAGACAAUGUUAUACAUCGAAUGUACAAAUUGCGAAGUGCCCGAUGCUGCCGGCGAGCGCAGCGGCACUCGGGCGGCACUCGGGCGGCACUCGCAUUGUACAUCGUAUUAUUAGACUCUAACAGACUGCCAUAUUGUUUAAUGUUUAGAUAUUUGUUAUUCUAGAUAAGAUAUAUAUGUAGGUUGUAUCGAUUAGAGUAAGUCGUACCAUAUCAGCGCGGGAGACGCGCCUGCCGAGCUCCGUGUUCAACGACACCGACGACGCCGAUACGAGCGUAUCGCACUGUACGUAUACUUUCAUUUAUUUUUAUACUUCGAUUAGUUUUCUUACCUCGUAGUGAUAUUAUCGAGAGACUUGUGGUGCUAUAACUCUCGGAGUGGCCCGCGAGCUGCCCGAGCGGCCGAGUCGCCGGCGGGGCUUCGCCAGCGGAGCACAAAGACGUGAGUUCCAUAGUUUCUGUGAUCGGCCGGCAGUAGGUACGGUGGUUAGAGACCGAGGGCCGCGCGGGCGCCGGAGGAGCCGGGCGGGUCGAGUGCGCCCGCGCGGGAGCUCCCGCGGCUGUUAGACAAUAAGGGGAAGUGCGGGACGUCACCUUCUCGUUAAGCCUUAAGACUAUCAAGCAAUAAAGUGAU